ACGCGCCGGGAGGCGUGGGCCCGUUCCCAUGGUAGCCGGAGCCGCUGGGGGCGGGCUCUAGUCGCUGAGAUCGGGAGGGUUUUGCGCGGGGUCCAGGCGCCGCACAACCGUUGCGGGGCCGUGGUUACGGUCUCCCGAGCCCGGCUGCUCCCUGUGGGGAGGAGGCACCAGCGGAGUCUUACUUUAGGGGCCCUUCCAUGGCUUCCCAGGAAAGGGUGGAGGCAGUGACCAAAGGAACAGGGUUCUGGCGCUGCUCCAAGCCAGCCACUUACACCCCCGGGACCUGCAAGCUGCUCAGAGUGAUGAUGAAGGAAUCCAAACUGACAAACUUCCAACAGCGACACAUCAUGGACACCAUGAAAAGAGGAGACACACUGCCCCUCCAGUGCAGCCCAACAUCCAGCCAGAAGGUCUUGCCUCCCAAACAGCCGGCCUCGGCCAUCUACCUGCCUCCCAUCCUGGUGGCCCGGCCCCACCUCCGGCCUGCCAGUGUGUGCCAAGCCGGCGGGGCCUAUAGCCGGGAACCAUUCAAGCCUCAAGCCACCCGAGAUCUGGAGAAAGAGAAGCGAAGACUCCAAAACAUUUUUGCCACUGGGAAGGACUCCGAGGAACGGAAAAGGAAGCCCCCUCCGGUGCGACAGGAGGACCCAGCCCCUGAGCUGGACCGGUUUGAAGAAUUGGUAAAGGAAAUCCAGGACGGGAAAGAAUUCCUGGCUGACAUGGAGGCGCUGGGACAGGGCAGACAGUACCGAGGGAUCAUCCUUGCAGAGAUCUCCCAGAAACUGCGCGAAAUGGAAGACAUUGACCACAAGAGGAGUGAGGAACUUAGGAAGGCUCUUGCCACCCCUUGAUCUGCCUCCAGAGACAGGAGCAGAGUAGCCCAACGUGGACCACUGGAGCCCCACCCCAUCGCCAAGCAGGCUCCCCUGCGCCCCCCCCCCCCCCCCCCCCC